GUUUACUUCCGGUUAGUAGCCCUUGCAGCUAGCGUAUCAGUGCUAACAUGUAGCUGUGGCAUGUUUUCUUGGUCAGUUGUGUCUUUCAGGUCUCUACUUACUUUUCAUUGGACUCGGGUCACAGCGUUGAACGUUUCGGUUCUCAGCCGCCGGUUCCCGUCCUUGUUCCGGGUCGGAGCGGCUCUUCUGUCCGGUCCCUCCUCCAGAACCUGGACUAGCUCCGGGACCAGGACCAGAGAGAUGCCGAAAAAAGACAAAGUGGGCAAAAUGAGAGGACAGCCAGCUGGGGGGACAGUAGCUGAGUCCAGGGUCUCAGGUCCAGUGAGUCUGGACCGAAGCGGGGCAGUGGUGGUGGUGGUCCACGCUAAGCCGGGCUCCAAACACAGCGCCAUCACAGAAGUCUCAGCUGAGGCAGUGGGUGUGGCCAUCGCAGCGCCACCUACAGACGGAGAAGCCAACACCGAACUGAUCCGCUACCUGGCCGAGGUCCUGGACCUGAAGAAGAGCCACGUCUCUCUGGACAAGGGCUCCAGGUCCAGGGACAAACUCAUCAGAGUGGACUCCUCUCUGAGUGUGGAGGAGGUGCUGAGGAAGCUUCAGGAGGCUGCCGGCUGACGGAGGAACUGUUCUCUCAUAGAAACUUUAACAGAAACAUGUGAGGAGCUCUGGUCCUCCUUAAAGACUCAAAGCAGGAGCAGGAAGUAAACUCCUCACCAACCGACUCCCUGAGAGCAGGAGGUGUUUUUAUCUCUGAUUAAAUGAAACGUUGAGCUCCAAUAAAUAAAGGAGACCUCUUUA